UUUAACGGCUGGGAGUUGCUCCAAAAUGCCAUUUCUGAAGAGCAAAAAGCUGCUGGGUCAUAUUUCUGUUUCGAUUCAAUGAAAAAACUUAAAAGAGAGAGAUAAGGGUGUAGCUCCAGGUCAUUUUGACCAUGGCUGGAAGCUAAAGCAGGUCCAGAGCUGCCCUGAAAAUGUCUCCAGUGGAGCAAAGCCAGCUCUGCCUCCUGCUCCAGGCUUCUUUCAGGGUUGCAUCUGGUUCCCAAUGAUAAUGAUGAUGCCAACAUCAUGCUCCUGCCUGGGAUAAUCUCUCUUUUAUUACAUGUGUCCUGAUGGAGACAAACAUUGCUGGUUCUGCCUGUCCAGUUUCUUAUUUAACAGCUCCCAGGAACAGAGGGCUGCAUGGGGGAGAGAUGCUUGGAUUUUGGAAUAAACUCCUUGGGCAAGAAACCUGAGAUGUGACUCCUCAUCCUAAAAGGAGUCAGCUGAGAAACGCCCCCCUGCUCAAGCCCAAGCAAUGAUCAUGCCUGGCACAACCAACAGCCUCUCCAUCCUUCCCCAAAUAAAGCUCAUCCACUCUGGGCAGGGCUGCCUUUGGCUUCCUAUGGGCUCCUGAUGCUGUUGGAGAGGUCAGGAUCAGGCACAGGACAGUGCUCCCUUUCCUGGCUGAGUCCCCAGCUCUCCCUACCCAGCCCGCAGAGCAAUCAGCUAAAUGCUUUAUCCCUCUGCGGCCAGUCACACCAGGGAAAAAAAAAAAACAACAAACCAAACCAAAACAAAAAAACCCUGAAGUGAUCCCUUUGCUGGCCUGACACCUUAAAGCCUCUCACCUCUCCCUGUCUUUCAUCAGAGUUUUAAACUCCUUAGGAUGUCAUCACGUGCUCCAUAAAUAACAAAUAUAUAUAAGCAGGGGCUGUGGAGGAUGCAGCAGACAGAGGAGAGGAGGCAAAAACCCGGAUCCUCCUCUCCUGCCGGCGCUGAGACGGCAUCCCUGGAGGCAGGCGGGCAGGGAGCGGCUCAGCGACCCUGGCUGAUACUUCCACUGGCUAACAGUGCUGGAGGAGCUCGGCUGGAAUAAAGGGUGUGGGAGCCGGCAGAGGCUGCCCCGAACCGAGGGAGUGGUGGGAAGCCAGGCAGGAGAAGCAGGAGGAGGAGGAGGAGGAAGAGGAGGAGGAUGUCGGCACUCAGCGCGUUGCCCUUCCUGAAGCCGGUCCACCUGCGGUCGCCCCGCAGCUCGCCCGGGGGCCAGCGCCGGCACACGCUGCCCGCCAGCGAGUUCCGCUGCCUCAGCCCCGAGGACGCCGUCAGCGUGUUCGAGAUCGAGCGUGAAGCCUUUAUAUCGGUUUCUGGGGACUGUCCCCUGCACCUGGAUGAGAUCCGCCACUUUCUGAACCUGUGCCCGGAGCUGUCCCUCGGCUGGUUUGAAGAAGGGCGGCUCGUGGCAUUCAUCAUUGGCUCCCUCUGGGACCAGGAGAGGCUCAGCCAGGCAGCACUGACCCUGCACAAGCCGCAGGGCUCGGCCGUGCACAUCCACGUGCUGGCCGUGCACCGCACCGUCCGCCAGCAGGGCAAGGGCUCCAUCCUGAUGUGGCGCUACCUGCAGCACCUGCGCUGCCUGCCCUCCGCCCGCCGCGCCCUGCUCAUGUGCGAGCCUUUCCUCGUGCCCUUCUACCAGAAGUGUGGCUUCCAGGCGCUGGGGCCCUGCGGGGUCACCGUGGGGGACCUGGCCUUCGUGGAGAUGCAGCACCCCGUGCGGGGACACGCCUUCAUGCGCAGGAACAGCGGCUGCUGAGCCCCGCUGCCCCGGGGGAUGAGAGGCUGCAGCCCCUCUCCAUCCCCUCCACUGUGAGCCACCUUCCCUGGCUGGCCCUGGCUACAGCUGCUCCCUCUGCCACAUCUGCCUUCCAGCAACACCAACCUGGCCCCAUCCCAUCCCUGCAGGGCUGGGCAGGAAUUCCUGCCAGAUCCUGCUGGAAGCAUCAACUCCCUGGGCUCUGCUUUAGCCAGGGCUGCGCUGGCAGGUCUGGGUGGGCUGCAGGGCCACCAGCCCCCUGAGAUGGAAAGGCUUUGCCCUGGGAACAGCUGGGGGCUCUGCUGGUCUGGGGACACUUCCCCCCACCAUGGUUUGCUGAGACACCCAGCAAAGCCCCUGCAAACAUGGCAUCCCAACCUGGCACCCCUCCCACCAUCACCACCACCAUGAGCGGAGCACACCAUGGCCCAGCCCUCCCUGAGCAGCCCCCAGACCAGGCAGGGGCCGUGGCAGCCACCCCCCUGCCCACAGACGCCCUUCCAGCCCCCUUGGAGCACACCCUCAGCUGCACAUUGCAGAGCCUCCCCAGGGAACCAGUCCAAACCAUGGUCCUCCCUGUCCCAGACCCACAACCAGCCCAGGACAAGCCUUCUGCAAACAACUCAGGUUGUUGGAAAGCAGCAAAUAAAGAU